CUAAAAUGAGAAUAUCCAUGAAGGUUGGCUAGAAAUAUUUCAAUAAGUUCAGAGAAAGGAAUGUCUCUACCUUGCUAAAUGCCUUCCCAUUACAUGCACCAUUAUCACACCAUUGAGGCAAAUUUUCAGAAUUAUUUGUCUAAUGAUAUUCCAAGCUCUAUAACUGAUUCCUAACUAAAGUAACACAGUCAUGGUGAAGCAGAACAUGCUACUUGGCAAAUGCUGUGCUGUUGCAGGUCACUGGUAGCUCCCAGAUUUUAUGGGGAAUAACACUGGGUAUUACUUGCUGGUAGAAAAUGAUUUAUUACUACUUGAUAGCAGAAGGGACAUUGUCAUGUAUCUGAGCAGCUCCUCAGGGCACACGCCAUGCCAGACGUGACCUUAUGCUGAUCCCUUGAUAACUGAUGCCUUCCCACCAGUUUCAGCAAAAAUCAAGACUUUUGCCAGCAGCAACCAGGACCAUUCAGGAGUUUUCCUUACGAGUAACUCCGUAACUUACAAGUCAUGAAUUUAAAAGAAACAAAUGAAGAGAUGAAUCAAGCUGUACAGGGAGAUGUGGGGCAGGGUAUUCUAGAGAGCAUGACUGCCAGUGUGAUUUUAACUGUCACCACUACAUGGAGUGCUGCCCUGACUUCAGGAAAGUCUGCACAGUGGCCAUCUCCUGCGAGGGACGCUGCUUUGAAUCCUUCGAGAGGGGAAGGGUCUGUGACUGCGAUGCUGACUGCGAGCGAUAUGGCAAAUGCUGCCCAGACUACGCCAAGCACUGUAAAGAGGCACACACAGAAAAACCAACCCCAGAGACUCCUCCAGAAAACAAAUCUAAAAGAUCCUCCACAGAUGAGGAAGAGUCACCAGAAGAAGCUGUGGAAGAUCCUGAAAUCCAACUGACCACUCCUGCUCCAACUACAGAACCUGCAGAGACAACCCUUGAAGCCACAGAGGCAUCAACUACCAUGGAUGACACUCCCCAAACCCCAGAUCUGGAGGAUCCAACCCCUGAGGCCACAGAGGAACCAGCGACUGAAGCUGACCCUCCCACUCCAGAAGCGGCAGAAGAUGUGACCCCUGAUGCCACAGAGGAACCACUGACUGAAGUGGAACCUACAGACCUCCCAACACAGGAUCCAACCCCUGAUGCCACUGAGGCAACAGCAACUGACUCUGAGCCUCCCACCACCCCCCCACCAGAGGAAACAACUCCAGAGGAGCCGCCCACCCCUCCACCAGAGGAGACAACUCCAGAGGAGCCGACCACCCUGCCACCAGAGGAGACAACCCCUCCACCAGAGGAGACAACCCCUCCACCAGAGGAGACAACACCAGAGGAGCUGACCACCCCGCCACCAGAGGAGACAACCCCUCCACCAGAGGAGACAACCCCAGAGGAGCCAACCACCCCUCCACCAGAGGAGACAACCCCUCCACCAGAGGAGACAACCCCUCCACCAGAGGAGACAACCCCAGAGGAGCCGACCACCCCUCCACCAGAGGAGACAACGCCAGAGGAGCCGACCACCCCUCCACCAGAGGAGACAACCCCACCGCCAGAGGAGACCCCCCCAGAGGAGCCGACCACCCCUCCACCAGAGGAGACAACGCCAGAGGAGCCGACCACCCCUCCACCAGAGGAGACAACCCCUCCACCAGAGGAGACUACCUCUCCACCAGAGGAGACUACCCCUCCACCAGAGGAGACAACUCCAGAGGAGCCAACCACCCCCACACCAGAGGAGACAACCCCUCCACCAGAGGAAACAACCCCAGAGGAGACAACCUCCACACCAGAGGAGAUAACCCCAGAGGAGCCGACCACCCCCACACCAGAGGACACUACCCCACCACCAGAGGAAACCACUCCACCAGAGGAGACAGCACCAGAGGAGCCGACCACCCCCACACCAGAGGAGACAACCCCAUCACCAGAGGAAACAACUCCUCCACCAGAGGAAACAACCCCUCCACCAGACGAAACAACCCCAGAGCAGCCCACAACCUCCACACCAGAGGAGAUAACCCCAGAGGAGCCGACCACCCCGCCACCAGAGGAGACAACCCCUCCGCCAGAGGAAACAACCCCAGAGCAGCCCACAACCUCCACACCAGAGGAGACAACCCCAGAGGAACCAACAACCCCCACACCAGAAGAGACAACCCCAGAGGAGCCGACCACCCCGCCACCAGAGGAGACAACCCCUCCACCAGAGGAGACAACACCAGAGGAGCUGACCACCCCCACACCAGAGGAGACAACCCCAGAGGAGCCGACAACCUCCACACCAGAGGAGACAACCUCAGAGGAGCCCACAACCUCCACACCAGAGGAGACAACCCCAGAGGAGCCGACCACCCCCACAUCAGAGGAGACAACACCAGAGGAGACAACCCCUAAAGCAGAAGAGACAACCCCAAAGGAGCUCACAACUCCUAAACCCGAAGAGACAACCCCAGAGGAACCAACCACCCCUACACCAGAGGAGACAACCCCAGAGCAGCCAACAACCCCUGCACCAGAGGAGACAACCCCAGAGCAGCCCGCAACCCCCACACCAGAGGAGACAACCCCAGAGGAGCCCACAACCCCUAAACCAGAAGAGACAACACCAGAGGAGCCCACAACCCCCACACCAGACAAGACAACUCCAGAGGAACUGACCACUCCCGCAGCAGAGGAGACAGCACCAGAGGAGCCAACAACCCCUAAACCAGAAGAGACAACCUCAGAGGAGCUGACCACCCCUAUACCAGAGAAGACAACCCCAGAGCAGCCAACAACCCCCAUACCAGAGGAGCCCACAACCCCUAAACAAGAGGAGACAGCCGCAGAGGAGCCAACAACCCCUAAACCAGAAGAGACAACCUCAGAGGAGCUGACCACCCCUAUACCAGAGAAGACAACCCCAGAGCAGCCAACAACCCCCAUACCAGAGGAGCCCACAACCCCUAAACAAGAGGAGACAGCCGCAGAGGAGCCAACAACCCCUAAACCAGAAGAGACAUCAUCCAAGGAGCUGAUCAUCCCCUCACCAGAGGAGACAACUCCUGAAGAGCCAGCGACUUUAGCGGACUCUCCCACCACCACUAACCCUGAAGAGACAACCCCAGAGGAGCCAACAACCCCCAAACCUGAAGAGACAACCCCAGAAAAGCCUUCAACCAAGGCAGACUCUCCCACCACCCCAAAACCUGAAGAAACAACCCCAGAGGAGCCAACAACCCCCAAACCAGAGGGGACUACCCCAGAGGAGCCAACAACCAAGGCAAACUCUCCCACUACCCCCAAAUCCAAAGAAACAACCACAGAAAAAACUACAACCAAGCCAGACUCUCCUACCACCCUUAAAGAAGAGGAUUCUGACUCUCCGACCAGCCCUGCAGCACUUGAUGCCUAUACCACUGCCAGUAAAGCCACAGCUUCUCCAGACAAUGCUGCAGCCACAACAGCUGGGAAGGACUCCCCCACACUUGAGGCAGGCACAAUACUUACAGAUGCCACAGUGGAAAACAAGGAGACAGCAACACCCAAGAAAGACAGAACUACUCUGCUUAAAGACAUUUUCACAGCUGCAACUGGGAAAGACACAGUUAUGGUAGCUAUGGUGACAACAGCUAAACCAGAUUCUCCUAAAGGUAUGGAUGACAUUCCAGACACAUCUCCUAUGGCCAAGCAACCUGUCACUGCAGCAGCUGAAUCAGAAACAACUUCUACAGACACCAAGACUGCAACAACAGCAGCCACAGCUCACUUUCCCAGUCCCACUGUGCUGGUAACAACCAUCAAAGAUUCAACUCCUCAACCCAGUGAGGCUGUAACACCAAAUGAAAAAGAGACAGCUACAGACACUGAGCAGGCUGGGCCAGCAGCACAUAAAGACAGCCCAGGUGCUACUUGUGUUAUUGUGGAGAUGACAACAGCUGGUAAAAAAGAGGUAACAAUCAUCAAAGAAAUGGGCACCACACCUGAAAAAGAAAUGGAAGAUGUCACUGAAAAGGUUCCUGGUAUUGACAAAGAAGAGGUAACUACAGUUACCAAAGAAACUACAACAAGAGUUUAUAAAAAGGACACAAUAGAAGAAAUGUAUCUUGUGUCCAAUGGGACAUCCAAGCCAACAAUACAUUUCCAGGAAGUCACUGAGGCCAGAGAAGAGGCUCACCCAACUGAACCUGAAACUCUGCCAGUGAAAGAAGAGCCCGAGAUAAACAAACCUUUAAUACAAGUUGGGGACCUGCCAAUGUUCCCUGGAGAAACACAAGAGAGGAAGAACGAGGAGAAGGACCUUUGCAGCGGCAAGCCAGCAGACGGCAUGGUGGCCCUGCCCAAUGGCACCCUGGCCGUCUUCCGAGGUCACUAUUAUUGGCUGCUGAACGGCCGGACCCCACCGACCACCAACCCCCGCCGGAUCAGCGACGGCUGGGGCAUCCCCUCGCCUAUCGACUCUGUCUUUUCCAGGUGUAACUGCGAUGGGAAAACCUUCUUCAUCAAGGGGCCCCUGUAUUGGCGCUUCACUAAUGGUGUUAUGGAUAAAGGCUAUCCCAAACCUCUUGCAACUGGAUUUGCAGGGUUAAGUGGGAGAAUAGUAGCAACCCUCCCUGUGGCAAGAUACAACAACAGACCAGAAUCUGUUUAUUUUAUCAAAAGAGAUGGGAACAUGCAGCAGUACGUGUACAGACAAGAACCAGCCAAGAAGUGUCAAAGAAGAGCUCGUGUCACCAUCAGAUAUCCAGCCUUUGUUCCUAGACUUGUCAUCCGGCGACGCUUCCAGCGUGCUGUGCAAAUGCCAACCAUCAUCCGCACUGUCAGGAUCAACCCCCACCCCUCUGGAGCUCUGCGCAAGGAAAUCCAAAUGACAACAUACUGGAGAGGGCUCCCCAAAGUUAUCCACUCAACUCUCUCUGUGCCCAACCAGAACAAGCCCGAUGGCUAUGAUUACUACGCCUUCUCUUACAAUCGGUACUACAGUUUGGAUAUUGGCAAAAGAAUAGCACGACCGGUUACUGCUCUCACAGGAAAGACUGUAUCCAAAGACUGGUACAACUGUCCCAGCAAGUGAUGCGCAGCAGCGGAGUUUAAAACAAGAUGCCAUUUGAAUGUCAAUGUUUUUUCUAAUUUUAUUAAUAAAAGACAUUGAAAUGUGUGCACACAA